UUCAGUAAACACAUACAGGCAUUAAGGGAAGCAGAUGACGGUGGAGCAGGUAUUCUUCCGAUGUCUAAUCUAACAUGAAUAUUCUGCCAACAUCUAACAAUUUGGAGGACCUCUAAAGGACAAUGUUGAGAUUCAACAUGCGUGCGUGGAUCCUACUGUUGCUUUUUGCAGGAACAUUUUACAGUGAGGACAUCAGUGGAUGUGAACAGCAGCCAUGCCAAAAUGGUGGAGUAUGUGAGAGCCACUCGGGAGGAUUCCAAUGCCUUUGUUCGCAGCAGAGCCGAAAUGGACGCCUGUAUGGUGGGGCGAACUGUACAGUUCCUCUUUCAGGCUGUGAUGAAAACCAGUGUGAGACUGGAGGAAUAUGUUCCCCCUUGCUUGUGAAUGACCAACAGACUUACACGUGCAUCUGUCCUCCGGGUUAUACAGGGCCUAAAUGCCAGAUCUCCACCACCUUCUCAUUUGAGUCUCAGGGUUACAUGUACAUGGACACAAACCAACUGGACCCUGAAACUCCUCUUAAUGUAACUUUUAGCUUUAGGACAGAGAAUCCAACUGGCACCCUAUUUCAGCGUAGAGUGGACGACUUGCUUCUCACCAUCGAGCUGAUAGAUGGACACCUCUGCCUUCUCAGCUUGAGAGAUCAAGGUACCAGCACACUGGUUCAAGAACUCCCAGAGUAUUUGUCCAACAACAAGUGGCACACAGUUGAAGCAUCGCUGGAUGGCAUGGUCAGUCUCAUAAGGCUGCUCUGCAGUGAAAGGAGCUGCACCAGAGACUACAGUAUUGAAAUCCAGCUGAUGGAUCAAGCUGCCCAUCUGCCUGAGCCAGGAGCUCUUCGUCAAAGCCUCUUUGUUGGAGCCAUUGGUGGGAAGUGGGUUUCAGGCAGAGCACAGGACGGUGCAGACCAUCCACCUGCCUUUCUGGGCUGCUUUAGGGAUGUCUUCGUAGAUUCACAUCUGGUGCUGCCUGCUGAAGUGCCGAAAGAUUCAAACAUCCAGGUGAAUAUCAUAGCUGGGUGCAGUGACAAAGACAAAUGUGAGGACAACCCGUGUCAGAACAGAGGGCGCUGUGUGAGCCAGGGCUGGAGGAGGUACAUCUGUAAAUGCCACAGGCCCUAUGAAGGACACAACUGUACAGAGGAGUAUAUCAUUGCCAGGUUUGGAAACAAAGAUCUUGAGAGCUAUGCCAUGUUUUCAAUAGACAACGACCCAGGUGAUUCUGUGGUUAUAACCAUGUUCAUUCGCACCAGACAGUCCAGCGGCCUGCUUCUCAUCCUGGCCAACACCACCAGCCAGUACCUACGACUCUGGCUAGUGGAGGGCAGGAUCAAAGUUCAAGUCAACAACUAUGAGAACCUUGUUGGUCGGAAUACUGUCAGCAAUGGCCACUUCCAACUGCUCACUGUGAAGCUGGAAGGAACAGCAGCCACUUUGUUCCAGUCAGCUCAGAUCCAGAACUCUAUUGCCAUCAGGCGGGUCCAAGUCCAUCCUGGCGAUUUGGUUUAUGUUGGGGGGCUACCAGAUUUAAGGGCCUCAGCCUCAUUUGGUGGCUAUUUCAAGGGAUGCAUCCAGGAUCUAAGGAUUAACAGCAAACACCUGCAGUUCUAUCCAGUAUCAACUCCUGUGGAGUCAUACAACCUGGAGAAGCUUGAAUCUGUUGCAGAAGGAUGCAGCAGUGACAACACUUGUGCUGCCAACCCCUGUCUCAAUGGGGGGGAGUGUUACUCCAUGUGGGAUGAUUUCAUCUGCAGCUGCCCCUCCAACACAGCAGGGCAAAGAUGUGAGGAGGUGAAAUGGUGUGAGCUGUCACCAUGCCCUGCAACAGCCAUCUGUCAGCCCCUCUCCCAAGGCUUUGAGUGUUUGUCCAACGUGACUUUGCGGCUUGAAAACAGCAUUUUGUUGUACCACAGUAACAGGAAGAUAAAGCGAAGCCUCACCAGAGUCUCCCUUAGCUUCCGCACCAGAGAGUCGGCGGCCAUUUUGCUUCAUGCUCACAGAGACUCUGACCACAUAACAGUCUCUCUCCUUAACUCUUAUUUGGUUAUGAAGCUCCAGGCCGGUACUGAUAAAGACUCUCUGAGAGUGACAGCUCAAAGCCUGGCUCCACUCAGUGAUGGUGAGUGGCACUUUGUGUCUAUCAGCAAGGAGUCAACAUCCAGGUGGAUCAUGGCUGUAGAUGGAGGCAAAGAGUAUAUCAGUGUUUCAAAAGCAGCUGUUGGGGACUUUAACUUUCUCAGGGAUGGAACAGACAUUUUCCUGGGAGGCCUAAGCCAGGAAUCAGAAAUGACCUUUUCAGGGUGUUUAGGUCCAGUGGAGAUUGGGGGUCUUUAUCUACCGUUCCACCAAGACACAGAGCUGAACCUCCCCAGACCUCAGGAGGAGCAGUUUGUUAGGGGUAACAGCAAUAAUUCACUACGGUAUGGAUGUUGGGGAGCCAGUGUGUGUGCUCCAAACCCAUGCCAGAAUGGUGGUGCGUGUGAGGACCUGUUCGACCAGCAUCAGUGUACAUGUCGCCCUGAGUGGACAGGAUCCCUGUGCCAAGAUCAAACAGACACCUGCAACUCCCACCCUUGUGUGUAUGGUACCUGUACAAACUUACCCAAGGGCUUUAAGUGUGAGUGUGAGGUGGGCUUCACUGGUGAACAAUGUGAGGUCGAAGUCGAUAUGUGUGAAAACAGCAGUUGCAGCUAUGGUGCCACCUGCCUCAAAGGCUUCCAGAGCUACACCUGUCUGUGCCCCCGGAACAUGACAGGCCAUUACUGCAAUGUGAAAAUCCCUGAAACUCCUUGGUACAUUGAGACACAUCCACUUCCUCAGUUGCCUGCCUCUUCCUGUGUGGGUACAAGAUGGAACUACAGCUGCUUUAAUGGAGGAAACUGCUCUGAAGCAGAAAACACCUGUUACUGCUUGCCUGGCUUCACCGGUCAAUGGUGUGAGAAAGAUAUAGACGAAUGUGCUUCAGACCCGUGUAUGAACGGAGGCUUCUGCAUCAACUACGUGAACAGCUUUGAUUGCGUGUGUGACAUGAAUCACUCAGGCGUGUACUGCCAAAUGGAUGUCAGUGACUUCUACAUGUACCUGUUUUUGGGCCUGUGGCAGAACCUCUUCCAGCUUGUGUCCUACCUCAUCAUCCGCCUCGAUGAUGAGCCGGAGAUUGAGUGGGGGUUUCACAUCAACGAUUAGACGAAACCAGAGGGACCAAACUGUGUGCGGACGGUCACUCAGAAAUCAGAUGGUUCGACAAACAGACUGGACGGGCCACAUAUUUCAUCAGCUAGAAUGACUUUGUUGUCAGAAAUACACCCAUAUGAACUUCUAUACAUUUAAAUGUAGUAAUUAACAUAUUUCAGUUAUUCAACUCAAAAGGGUUAGAUACAUUAUAUUUAUUAUGCCCAAUCUGGCUAUUCAAGCUUUUAUUUCUGUUAAUACUAAUAACUAUUUCUUACAGUUAAUAAAUCCCCAAAGUUCAGUUUCUCGGAAAAUCUUUUACAUAUCACAUAAGACCAACUAAAAAUGAUUUUAUAUACAGAAACACAUGUCCAUGUAAUAUGCUACACAGAGAUGUGACAGCUCUCCAACAGGCAAAGACAUCCUCUGCAAUGAGGCUAGGCCACCAAGGGGUCAUCGCUAAAGAUGCUAGCUGCAGCCAAGCAAAUUCAUGGAAAGUUGAGUGGAAGGAAAACGUGCAACAGACUAAGUGCAGCUUUGAGAGAAAUGUGAAGCAAAGUUCAUUCAAGAGUUCACACAGUCCAAGACAUGGACUGCAGAUGGAGUCAGAGCUUCAAUAGCUACCACCCAUAGGCGCAUCCAGAAUAUGGCCGACAACCAUCACAUUCCUUGUGUUAAACAAUUCCUGAACCAGAGACUACAUUAGAAGCAUCUUACCAGGGCUCAGUGCUCCAAAAUGAUCUUUUCAGAUGAAAGUAAAGUUUGUACUUCAUUUGGAAAUCAAGGUCCCAGAGACUGGAGGAAGUGUAGAGACCGAAUCGAAGCUGCUCGGGGUCCAACGUGAAGGUUCCAUGUCAGAGAUGAUUUGGGGAGUCACGUUAUCUGUUGGUGUUGGUCCACCGGGUUUUAUCAAAUCCAAAGUCAGAGUUGCCAUCUAACAAGCAUUUUUUGGGAACUUUAUGGUUCCCUCCGUUGAUUUAAUUUUAUCAUGUAGAUGUAGUACCUGCCCACACUGCCAAAAGUACCUGCUUUUAACACCAAGGUAUCACCAGCAAACUGGCCUCACCUAAACUCACAGAGAAUCUAUAGAGCUUUGUAAAUUCAAUGGAUCUGAAGGCAGCCAUUAGGGCAACCUGGGCUUCCUGAACACCUCAGCAGGACCAGUGACUGAUCUCCAGGUCACGCUGCUGAUAAAGCAAUCCAUGCAACAGGAGCCCUGACCACGUGAUCACAAAUUCUCUCAGCACAUGGACAUUUUAAUACAGAAAUUUUAGCAUUUCUGUAUUAAAAGAAAAUGUUGGUCUCGUGCAAUAUUCAAAUUUUCAAAAAUGAUCAGAAAUAAACAUGUGAAAUGCAUCACUCCUUGUGCAACUAUUCUGCAUGCGUUUUUACUUUUUGCAUGGGAAACAUAGUGUAGUGAUACUGUAAUUGAUUGGGGGAACCACCUCUUUUAUAUGCAUGUAGAACCAUCAUUUCCUCAUGUCUGAUAUGCACAUGGCAGACCUGUUAGAACCAUCUAAUGAAGUUAUACCCUUGUAUGACUUGUUCACACAAAGAACCGAAUUGUUAUGUAUUAUCCAGUCAAAAACAGAAAUGUGUUCUUUGACAUGUUUCAUUGUGUUCUUUAGAUCUGGUUCUGAUACUCAAACCAAACAUCUGAGAGCUCCAUGUGUGCCUUAAACGUCCACCUUGCAUCUGCUGUGCUUUCUUAACAUCGUUGUCUUAUGUUCAGGGACAGGGGCACAUGUGAAGCCAGGACAACAUAUUCACAAAUACUGAUGUAAACUUAUAUAAACUGGUAUAGGUUGUUCUACAUGCAGUGUAUACAGUAUCUGAUUUUUGAGAUGAAAACAUCAAAUAAAAGUGAAAUAUUA